AUUUAUUUUAUUGUACAGCACUGCCAUUCAUAAAAUAGAAUUGAUUGAAUUGAAUUGAUUUUAUUGUAGCUAUUGAAAGUGCGUCGAUGGUGGAUUGAAAUCAAUAAAACAUUUUUAAGUAUUAUAAUAGUCAAUAACAAAUUACCAACUUAGUUCAUUGCGGUGAUUUUACGAUGAGCGAUAAAAAGUACAGGCAAAGUAAAGCUGAUAUAGCCAAACAGUUUGAUCUACCAGAACGACAGUCGAAGAUCACAACUUUACUCAACCAGGCUGGUCAAGCAUAUUGCAUAUGUCGUUCAUCAGACAGUUCACGGUUCAUGAUAGCAUGUGAUGCAUGUGAAGAAUGGUAUCAUGGAGAUUGCAUUAAUAUCUCGGAAAGAGAGGCCAAGUAUAUAAAGAAUUAUUUCUGUGAUCGUUGUCGGGAAGAAGAUCCAAGCUUAAAAACAAGGUUUAGGCCUCAAAAAAGAGAAAAUGAAGGUGAUUCUGAUAUAUUGUUCAAAGGCCGAGAUGAUAGGAAGAAGAAGAAAGAGAAAGAGCAUUCAGAGAAUAAAUCCUCUAAAAGACCAGCAAAGGAUGGAUGUGGAGAUUGCGCAGGAUGCUUGCAAGUUGUUGAUUGUGGACAUUGUGAUGCAUGUGAGGACAUGUACAAAUAUGGUGGAAACAAUAAACUGAAAUUGAAAUGCAAACAGCGACUAUGUGUGAAAAACAAGAAAAGUUUAAGAGUGUCCAGCAGCAACCGCACGAAGAAGAAGCACCACGAGCGCGAGCCGUACGAGCCGGAGGAGUCGAUAGCGCACCUGCAGACCGCGGCGCCGCGCCAGUGCCACGGGCCGCAGUGCACGCGCGCCGCGCACUUCGCCAGCAAGUACUGCUCGGCGCAGUGCGGCAUGCGCCUCGCCACCGCACGGAUAUACCAGGUGCUACCGCAGCGUAUCCAAGAGUGGUCGCUGUCGAGCUGUGUCGCGGAGCAGCACAACCGCAAAGCGCUGGAAGUGGUCCGGGGUGGGCUCGCCAAGGCGCAGGCCGCGCUCAGAGCUCUGGACAAACAGCACACGGAGCUGGAUGCGCUGCUGGAGCGAGCCAAACAUGCGACUAUACAGCAUAGCGAAGAGAAGGAAGCGGACGACGAAACGUCCAUGUAUUGUAUCACAUGCGGGCACGAGAUACACUCGCGCACGGCCGUGAAGCACAUGGAGAAGUGUUUCAUUAAGUAUGAAGCGCAGGCGUCCUUCGGCAGCAGACAUCGCACGCGGAUCGACGGACAGAGCAUGUUCUGCGACUAUUAUAAUAGCGCCAACGGCACUUAUUGCAAGAGAUUGCGGGUAAUGUGCCCCGAGCACUUCAAAGACCCGAAAGUGAGCGACACGGACGUAUGCGGUUGUCCCCUCGUGAAGAACGUGUUCGAGCUGACCGGCGAGUUCUGUAGGGCUCCCAAGAAGUCGUGCCUGAAGCACUACCAGUGGGAGAAGUUGAGACGGGCCGAGAUCGACAUGGAGAGGGUGCGCCAGUGGCUGAGGAUAGAUGAGCUGGUGGAACAGGAGAGGAGUAUACGGCUGGCGAUGGCGUCCAGAGCUGGAGUAUUGGGUCUGAUGUUACAUUCGACGUACAACCACGAAGUUAUGGAGAGAAUAACGAAGGCAAAUGAGAAUGGGAAACUUAAAGAGGGGUCCUGACAUCGCCAAAAAUUAGUUCAUAAAACAUCUAUUGAACAUACUUUAUAAUUAUGUAAUAAAAUGUAUUUGAUUCGAA